AUGGAUACUAAAGAACAUAAAUCACAUCGACCACGUCAAUCAGGAAGAAAAGCCGAUAAACUUGCUAGACGUAAACAAGAAAUAAUUCAAAAAAAACUUCAUGUACCAUUAGUAGAUCGAACUCCUAUAGAACCACCUCCAAUUGUGAUUGCAGUUGUUGUAUUAAAAGGACCUAUUACUGUUGUUAGUGGUAAAAAAAGAAGAUUGACAUUUAUUGAAUGUACCAAUGAUAUGAAUUGUAUGAUUGAUAUUGCUAAAGUAGCAGAUUUGGUAUUAUUAUUGAUUGAUGCAAGUUUUGGUUUUGAAAUGGAAACUUUUGAAUUUUUAAAUAUUUUACAAGCUCAUGGAUUUCCCAAAGUGAUGGGAAUUUUAACACAUUUAGAUAAAUUUAAAAAUAACAAAACUUUAAAAAGAGUGAAAAAACAAUUGAAACAAAGAUUUUGGACGGAAAUUUAUCAAGGAGCAAAAUUAUUUUAUUUAUCUGGGGUGAUUAAUGGUCGAUAUCCGGAUCAAGAAAUUAAUAAUUUGGGAAGAUUCAUUUCCGUCAUGAAAUUUAGACCUUUGAUUUGGAGAAAUACUCAUCCAUAUUUAAUCGCUGAUCGAAUUGAAGAUUUAACUGAUCCUGAAGAAGUUAGACAAAAUCCUAUUUGUGAUAGAACUAUUACUUUAUAUGGUUAUUUACGUGGAACCAAUAUGAAAUCUAAUAUGAAGGUUCAUAUUCCAGGAGUUAACGAUCAAUAUUUAUCAGAUAUAACAAUACUUCCUGAUCCAUGCCCAUUACCUGAUAAUAAGAUAAGAAGGAGUUUAAGUGAAAAACAUAAACUUAUUUAUGCUCCAAUGUCUGACGUUGGUGGAGUUAUGUAUGAUAAAGAUGCUGUUUAUAUUGAUGUAUUGGGAAGUUUUACCAAGAAAAAUAUUAUUACCACAAAUACUACUAAUGAUAUUGGUGAUGGUGAUGAUAAUAAAAAUGAUGAAAUAGAAAUAUUGCAAGGACCUGGAGAAAAAAUGGUGAUGGAAUUACAAGAUGCAUCAGAAACAUUUGCAACGAAAUUACAAGAAACUUCACUUUCAAUAUUUGCUAAUUCUACUCCUAUAAAAGUUAAUAAUAAUCCAGAAAAUACAAUUAAUGAAGAUGAAGAAGUGAUCGCUUAUGCUGAAAGUGACAGUGAAAUUGAUAAAAACAAUAGUAUAAUAGAUAAAAUAGAAGAAGAUGAUGGUGCAUUAAGAUGGAAGUCUGAUUUAGUUACUAAAGCAAAAAAUAUAUUUUUUUCUAAUCGACGAGUAAAUAUUAUGCAGUUAAUUUAUGAUGAGAAUAAAACUCCUGAGGAAAUUUCACGUUAUGAUCUUGCUCAUCCAGAUAAAGCUCUCGAUUCUAUUCGAAAUAGGUUCAUCACAGGAAAUCUUGAAACCGGUGAAAUAAUAAAAUCCACCACAACUAAUGCAACAAAUUCUCAUGAUCAAAUUGAACAAGAACAACUUGAUCAAAAAAAAGAAAUCUUGAAAAAAAAAUUCGAUGCCGAAUAUGAUGAUGAAAAAGAAGACGCCGGCCCGAAAAUAGAUUUUUAUGAUGAAAUGAAAGAUGAAAUUAAUAAACAGUUACAAUUGAAUCGUGAAGAAUUUGAAGAUGAUGAUCCACUUGUUAGAUCUAAGGUUGAAGGUUUUCGACCCGGAAAUUAUGUUCGAAUUCUAUUAAAUGGAAUGCCUUGUGAAUUUGUAAAAUAUUUUGAUCCCAUUUAUCCUAUUAUUGUUGGAGAUCCUCUUAUAUUUUCAUUGGGUUGGAGAAGAUUUCAAUCAAUACCAAUUUAUUCAUUAAAUGAUGGAACACAUAAUAGAAUGCUUAAAUAUACUCCAGAACAUAUGCACAGUUUAGCUACAAUUUAUGGUCCCAUUCAUCCUCCAAAUACUGGAUUUUGCGCGAUACAAUCUAUAUCGGAUAAUAAUACGUCGGCUUUUCGUAUAAGUGCUACAGGGAUAAUUCUUGAUAUUAAUCAUUCCGCUGAUAUCGUUAAAAAAUUAAAAUUAACCGGUACACCAUAUAAAAUAUUUAAGAAUACUGCUUUCAUAAAAGAUAUGUUUACUUCGGCAUUGGAAGUAGCAAAAUUUGAAGGUGCGGCUAUUAGAACAGUUUCGGGAAUUCAAGGUCAUUUUCGUGCAACUUUUGAAGAUAAAGUAUUGAUGAGUGAUAUAAUAUUUUUGAGAGCUUGGUAUCCCAUUAAACCUCCAAAAUAUUAUAAUCCAGUUACUUCAUUAUUAUUGUCAUCCAAGAAAGAAUGGCAAGGUGUACGUUUGGUUGGACAAAUUCGUAAAGAUUUACUAAAAUCCGUACCAAAUAAUCCUGAUUCAAGUUAUAAA